CCCCUUUUUUUCUCCGUCACACAAUUGAAUUGAUCUCACUGUUACCCAAAAUGUCGGUCACCGUUAGCUCGCCGGCCGUCCGAUCCUUCCAUGUUUCACGAUCACCUCAUAAAACGAUCUAUAGGCCACGUGUCAUUAUGUCUGCCGUCCGAUCUAGUGAUAGCUUAGGAGUAGCACCAAUUUUGACUAAGUUGCAGAAAGACUGUGCUACUCCUCUCCCAGUUUUGCGCCACGUGGCGGAUGCAAUGGCCGAUGAUAUGCGGGCCGGGCUUGCCGUCGAUGGCGGCAGUGAUCUGAAGAUGAUCCUUAGUUAUGUCGACACUCUACCAACUGGGAAUGAGAAAGGCUUGUUUUAUGCGUUGGACCUUGGUGGUACAAAUUUCCGAGUGCUAAGGGUGCAGCUAGGUGGUAAAGAAGAGCGUGUAGUCGCCACUGAGUUUGAGCAAGUCUCUAUACCCCCAGAAUUGAUGUUUGCUACCUCCGAGGAGCUGUUCGAUUUCAUAGCUUCUGCGCUAGGAAAAUUUGCACAAAAGGAAGGUGGUAAUUUUGAGUUGCAACAGGGACGGACAAGGGAAAUAGGAUUCACGUUUUCUUUUCCAGUGAAACAGACUUCAAUAAGAACUGGAAUCCUAAUCAAAUGGACAAAAGGUUUUGCUGUCUCUGGAACUGCAGGAAAAGAUGUUGUUGCUUGUUUAAAUGAAGCCAUGGAGAGGCGGGGAAUGGAUAUGCAAGUGUCUGCCCUGGUCAAUGACACUGUGGGAACACUUGCCGGAGCAAGAUACUGGGAUGAUGAUGCCAUGGUUGCUGUCAUUCUUGGGACUGGAACCAAUGCUUGCUAUGUAGAACGUGUGGAUGCUAUUCCUAAGCUGACAAAAAGGAUGUCCAAGUCUCCAAUAACGAUUGUGAAUACUGAAUGGGGAGCUUUCUCAAAUGGCCUUCCUUUAACUGAGUUUGAUAGAGAAAUGGAUGCCGAGAGCAUUAACCCUGGUGAGCAGAUUUUUGAAAAGACCAUCUCCGGUAUGUACCUUGGGGAAAUUGUGAGACGGGUGCUGGUCAAAAUGUCCAAGGUUGGGGGCUUAUUUGGUGGCAGCUAUGUUCCGGAAAAGUUAGUCACUCCAUUUGUGCUGAGGACACCUGAUAUAUGUGCCAUGCAGCAGGAUACAUCAAGAGAUCUUGAAGCUGUUGAAUCUGUCCUCUAUGAUGUAGCUGGGGUAAAAUCCGAUCUAAGUGCAAGGAAAACAGUCGUGGACAUUUGCGAUACUAUUGCAAAACGAGGGGGUCGUCUGGCUGGUGCAGGAAUUGUUGGGAUUCUACAGAAAAUGGAGGAGGAUUCUAAAGGCCUCAUCUUUGGUAAAAGAGCAGUUGUAGCAAUGGAUGGAGGCUUAUACGAGCACUAUCCUCAGUACAGAGGAUACCUCCAAGAAGCUGUCACAGAGUUACUAGGCUCGGAAAUUUCGAAAAAUGUAGUGAUAGAACAUUCAAAAGAUGGUUCUGGAAUUGGAGCUGCAUUAUUAGCUGCUGCAAACUCAAAGUAUGAACAUGAUUAUUAAGGAGAAUGCUAAAUUUCAUGUCUUCAAAGGUUUGCUUGAGGAAAAAUUACAUGAGCAUUUGUAAUUUUCUUGUAAUUUAGAAUGUUCUAAGAAGGAUUGAUCAUUGGACUUCUCAUUCUUUAAGUAGAGGCUCUUGUUUGUGAUGCCAUUUUUGUACUCCCAUUAGUGAUGUACGAAGAAGUGAGGAUUCAUAUAGCCAACCCCAAUUUGUUUGGGACCGAGGCAUAGUUGUUGUUGUAUUAUGCAGCAGUGACUUAUUUAUGUGAUAAAAGCAGAUGUAUCAGUAAAUAUAGAACAUCUUGUUUGUUUAUAAUUAUGAAAUAAGCACAUUUCUUUGGUGUUUUAG